CAAAUUAGCUAGUGUGAUCACUGAACUUGCUAGCUCUCUAAUAUAUAUAUAUAUAUAUAUAUUUCGAUUGUAUACCUCCUUAUUGAUUACCAAGGAAGUUAAUUACAAAGGAAAAUGGGAAGAGAGAAAUGGAGGGAUGUUACAUGUCAAAGUAAACAACACUUCAGCCACCCCCACAUCUUGAAACUCGUCAAUCCAAUUGAAGCUACUGAAACUCUCAGUUGCAAUGCUUGUGAAAAACCAAACAAGAAUAACAAACCUAAUUUCUAUGGCUGCAAUAGCUGCCAAUAUUUUCUCCAUGAAAACUGCUUAAAUGCUCCUCGUUUUCUGGAACAUUCCUCUCAUCCUUACCACCACUUGACCCUCCUCCCAGUUCCAACUUACACAAAUCGUUCCUAUACAUGCAAGGCUUGUGGUUCUGAUGGUAUUGGCUAUAGUUUUAGCUGUGCCGCUUGUGAAUUUGAUAUCCACUUGCAUUGUGCCCUUUUACCUCAAACUGUAUUACUUCCGCAGCACCGUCAUGAACUUGAGCUCAUAUUUGAUUCACCUUUUGAGGAAGAUGAGAGCACUGUUUUUGUUUGUGAUCUCUGUCACGACAAUGCAGAUCUUAAUUACUGGUUGUAUUAUUGUGCUGAUUGUGAUUUUGGAACACAUCUUGAAUGUGGAAAUUCCAAACCUGUCAGCCAACAAAAACGAGAACUGCCAGUAGUCAACAUACCAGAAGUCAAUCCAAUCAUGAAACCAAAGGAAGCACCAAUCAAGAUACAAGAAACCAAUCAAGAAGAGGAAGAGGAAGAGGAAGAGGAAGAGGAAGAGGAAGAGGAAGAGGAAGACGAAGUGGAAGUGGAAGAAGAAGAAGAAGAGGAGGAACAGGAAGACGAAGACGAAAAUGAAGAGAUAGAGGAAGAGGAACUCCAAAUUCCAAGGUCAAUACAUGUUGACAAACACCCACAUGAGUUGGAGCUGUUCUCUGGUUCUCCAUACGAAGAUAAGGAUACUGUAUUUGCUUGUGAUAUCUGCAAUGCAAUAAUGAACAAAGACGAGUGGUUGUACUAUUGCGCUGAAUGUGAUUUCGUGACGCAUUUGCAUUGUGCAAGUCCUGAAGCUGAUGUUUUACCGAGAUCACAACAACGUCAAAAUCCAAAUCUAAAUCCAAAUUCAGCAGUUGAGAUGAUAAAUUCAGCUAAUGAAGCACACGAACAAAUUAUUGCAGCUCAAAUUCGUGCGCACAUCGAGGCACAAGGAAGAGCGGCUGCUCUUUCACUCUGGGACUGAUCGUCCCACCACCAACAUACAGUUACAUCUAGCUGUAUCGUCAUUAUCUAAUGCAUCCGCUUUGUCGACGUUCAGUUUUUAUUGCAAAAAUAAAUGCUCUGUUGUUGCGUUAUAUCUCUUUCGAAUAUUCUUUUUCAACUUUUGUGUCUCUGAUCGUUGAUGAUCAAGUUUGUCCAUUUCCUUUAUGAUUUCAGUGAACAUCCUGAAUCGAGCAGAAAUUUAGGAACAAGCAGAUUAGGGUUUAUGUGGAACAUUCGAGAAGAAGAAGAAGAAGUGAAAGACAAUGAUUUAUGGCUGAAAAGCUAAUUAGGCAUUGAGCCAUUUUCUAUUUA